AUGGCAGAGCGAGAUACAGAGAGAGAGCAUCAGAGUCGGGCAGAGGAUCUUGCUGAGAGAUUGGAGAGAGCAAUAGGUGGUGCCCCGAUGCGGGACAUGCUGAGGGAGAUACGAUACACGGCCAAGGAGUCUGAGUACUAUAGGCGUCUAUAUGAGGAGGUGGUCCCUAGACAUCACAGAGCUUCUAGCUAUGCAGCAGUCGAUCUGCUCGUAGUCAUACGGGGACGGAGAGUAGAGCUAGCAAAGAGGAGGAAGUUGGACGUAGCAGUCCAGGUUGAAGAAGAUAGCGGCAUGGAAGAUUCAGAUGAGGAGUUCAAGGAAAUGGAGGAACGGGAGAGUGGAGAUGAAGGAUUCUGCAUGGCAUCAUACACUAUCGGAGAAGAAGAAGAAGAGGAAGCGGAAUCACAGCAAUACGAAGAGGAGGAGGAGGAAGAGCAACAUAGAGGACUGCGAGCAUAG